GAGGAGGAAUAAAAUCCCUGCUUGAGUGACGCAGGAGAGCAGAGGAUGAUUGGAGCUGAACCGAUGUGCAACAACUAAACAAGAGUCAGUACUCCCUGGCUUUCCAACAGAAAAAGCCACCAUCUGCAAACAGAUGAGCGUCUGAAAUGCUCAUGUUUGCACUGAUGCCUUCGGCUUCCACUACCGUAACUUUACUGUGUUCUCCGCGCAUAAUCGAGAUCAUCUGUCCGGAGUCGAUAUUACUGCUCCAGUAACGGAUUGACUCAAGCUUAUCAUUCACAUUUUACGGCAUGACAUGUAGAUAAUCAUCCGAUACUUUGAUGGGGCUUCUGAGGAUCAUGAUGCCACCCAAGUUCCAGCUGCUGGCUGUUAUGGCGUUUGGAGUGGCGAUGCUGUUUAUUGAAAACCAGAUUCAGAAGCUGGAUGAGUCUCGGGCAAAGCUGGAGCGCACUAUGGCCCGGCAUGAAGUGCGAGAGGUGGAGCAGAGACAGAUGAGGGACGGCCUGCGGGAAACUCCUCUAUUGCCUGAGAUUGAGGAUCUGAUCAUCAUCUAUAACCGUGUGCCCAAGACUGCCAGCACCUCCUUCACUAACAUCGCAUAUGACCUGUGUGGAAAGAACCGCUUCCAUGUCCUCCACAUUAACACCACCAAGAACAAUCCAGUCAUGUCUCUGCAGGACCAGAUGAGGUUUGUAAGGAACGUGACAUCCUGGCGAGAAAUGAAGCCAGGGUUCUACCACGGCCAUGUCUCCUACCUAGAUUUCACAAAGUUUGGAGUUAAGGGGAAGCCAGUAUACAUCAACAUCGUACGGGAUCCCAUUGAAAGAUUGGUGUCCUACUACUAUUUCCUUCGAUUUGGAGAUGACUAUCGACCAGGUCUCCGACGGAGAAAGCAAGGAGACAAAAAGACAUUUGAUGAGUGUGUGUCAUCUGGAGGCUCAGAUUGUGCUCCUGAGAAGCUUUGGUUACAGAUCCCCUUCUUCUGUGGCCAUUACUCUGAGUGCUGGAAUGUUGGCAGCAAGUGGGCUCUGGAACAGGCUAAGUAUAAUCUGGUGAACGAGUAUCUGCUGGUUGGAGUGACGGAGGAGCUUGAGGAUUUCAUCAUGAUGCUGGAAGCUGCUCUGCCACGCUUUUUCAGAGGAGCAACUGAGCUCUACCGCACAGGUAAGAAGUCUCACUUGAGGAAAACGAGUGAAAAGAAGCCUCCCACUAAAGAGUCCAUCUCGAAGCUUCAGCAGUCCAACAUCUGGAAGAUGGAGAACGAGUUCUAUGAGUUUGCUCUGGAACAGUUUCAGUUUGUGCGAGCUCACAGUGUCAGAGAAAAAGACGGCGAGCUUUACCUGCUUUCUCAGAACUUUUUUUACGAGAAAAUCUAUCCAAAAGUAAACUAGUGCAGACAUUGGCAUAGUCCAAGUAUCAUCCGGCCCGUUCAAGUGCUAUCAUGUCACGUUCACAUGGAAAAGUACAAAGAUGCCUGAAAGUCCUGCACUUGAGGAUUUUGGAACACGUUUUUUUUUUUUUUUUGAAGGAACUUACUGUGAACUCUGGUAUCAAGGAACUCUUAAGUCCAUUGUCUUUUUAAUGAACUUGUGACAUCAAUAAAAAAAUCACAAUUUAUCAUGCCUUCCAAAAGAUCACGACAGGACCUCUUUGGCCACCAAUCACUGUUGUAAAAAUUCAAUUUUGAACAGGGUCAAAAGGAUAGUGCUUUUUGUACCAGACAUUUGGUACAUUACGAGCACUUCUUUAUUUUACUACUAAAUGUGGUUUUGUGAAUUCUUAACACUUUCUUGCAUUGUGUAUAUUCAUUU